AUGGAUUAUGACAUGCAUGGGAUGCCUAGGGACGGUCCUAUGCGCUUUACAAGUGGUCUUAUUCUUCCACCCCCAGAGAUAAAAUCUGUCAUCGACAGAACUGCCAAUUUCGUUGCGCGUUCUGCCAAUCCUCCUCAGUUCGAGGACAAAAUUCGCGAGGGCCAGCGCUCUGACCCCAAAUUCUCGUUCCUGAACCCAGCUGACCCAUAUCAUGGUUACUAUCGUCACAAAAUGGACAAAAUCGCUCAAGGUGACUUGGGUGACGACGCUGAGAUGAAAGACGAAAAAGGGGAAGGGGAUUCAGCUCCGAAGCCGGUUGUAGAUAUCGGAGUAGAGCCUCCGCAACCAGCGUUUAUAAUGGAAAUGCCCCAUAUUAGCUCUAUUGAUUUGGAUAUCAUGAAAGCCACUGCUUUGUUCACAGCUCGGCGUGGACGAAUCUUCCUUGCCAACCUCUCCGCUCGUGAGGGACGUAACUACCAAUUCGACUUCCUGCGACCCACCCACUCCCUUUUCGGAUAUUUCAAUCGGUUGGUGGAGCAGUAUACAAAAGUUCUCUAUCCUGAUAAGGAGACGCUGGAACAGCUGAAGCAGCGGACGCAGGAAAGUGCACGGUGGCAGACUCUUGAACUCGCAAGGAAGUAUGCGAAGUGGGAAAGAAAUAAACGAGAGAAGAACAAGAAGCGUGAAGAUGAUCAAGAGGCUGAAAGAAUUGCAUUUGCUGAGAUUGACUGGCACGAUUAUGCUAUUGUGCAAACCAUCGAAUUUACUGCUGCAGAUGCCAAUUCCGAACUCCCACCACCAAUGAGCGUGCAGGAAGUGGAGAACAUGACACUAGCACAGAAGAGGAUGGCCGCCAUGAUCAUGGAAAAUACCGUUGAGGAUAUUGAGGCCCAUCGUGCAAAACAAGCAGCCGCAGAGGCAGAGGCGGCGGCUGCCGUUGGUGGUGCUGGUAUUGGUGGCGAAGAUAAUGCUGCAAUGGAGGAGAGUGAUGAUGAAGAGGAUCGUGCUGAAAAGAAGAGACAGGACGAGGAAGCUCGCCAGAGAGAAUAUGCACGUGCACAAGCAAUCCAAGCAAGCUCCGUUAACACUGCUGGACCAAUGAAAAUUCGGACAGAUUAUGUUCCUAAACUGGGUGCGAAGAACGCCAAGGGAGCCAUGACAACUUGUACAAUUUGUGGACAGCAAAUAGCAGUCGACGAGCUGCAGGAGCACAUGCGUAUUGAGCUGCUGGAUCCGAAAUGGAAAGAGCAGCGCGAUGCUUUGGAGGCUCGCAAGGCACAGGCCUCAGAGCUCCAGCGCGGUGCCAAUGUUGUCUCUUCACUUAAGAACCUCGCCCGAACCCGUGUCGAUAUUUUCGGCACUGAGACUGAUGAGGAGCGGCGCAAGAGGGAAGAGGAGGAAGAGCGAGAGCGUCGCAAGGAGAGAGAGAAGGUUGUUUGGGAUGGACAUACUGCCUCAAAGGCGAACACAUUGGACAAGUUCUCGACGAACGUCAAUUUCGACGAACAAAUCGCGGCUAUUCAUCGUGCGAAGGGUUUGGGGCCACAAGAAACGAACGCCAUUGGACCUGGAAUUGGCCCGGCUGCUGCACCUCCCCCGUUAGCAACACUACCUCCAGCGCCAGCUUCUUUGCCAGCCCCUCCUCAAGCAGCAGGGUCCGGAGCUUACUCAGCUGCUACAAUAUCAUCUGGUCCUCAACCCGCUUCCGCGUUCAACCAGCCGCCCGUCAUGCUUCCGCCGUUACACUAUCAAGGCCUGGAUGCUGCUCAGCCGUUUGGGUAUCAGCCUCCUGUGUCGGGUAUGCAUCCAUCACGGAUGGCCGCACUUGCAGCUGCAAAUGGGUCGAUGCAGUCGGCCCAGACCGGCAUGGUCCGCUCAGCGGACGAGAUGGAGGGAGGUGUAGAUGAGCUACCUCCAGCUAAACGCCAACGAGUCGCCAAGCUCCCAGGUGGUAACUUGUACCCUGAAGAAGACUGGGUCGCAAUGCAUCCCUAUCCUAUUUCUCUUCUCGUACAGCUUCCUAACGAUCCCACGAAACCAGAGUGGAAAUUGGACGGCAAGAUCGUGUCUAUCCCUGAUCUCCCUCUGAACCUCCUCGUUUCGACGCUGCGAGACCGUAUUCUGCAGCAUACGGACAGCUCCGUCCCAGCAUCUCGUAUCCGGAUUUCGUACCAAGGCAAGAUGCUUACAAAUUCAAGUACGAUUGCAAGCUAUAAUCUCGAGGAUGAGGACCUGUUAUUGUUCAGCGUAAGUAAGGCUCCUGAAAUCUUGAAGCUGGAGAUGAUCGAUGAACCUUUACGCGAGAAAUGA